UAUAAAAAGCCUUUAUAAGAGAGAAACAGAUAAGACACAUCAACUGCAUCGUAUAAAGGCGUCAGAAGCAUUACGUUCAGCUUAUUUUAUUCGAGCUACAAAGACACAUUCAGAAUGCCUGGAAACCAUUGGGGAUACGGAGACGAAAAUGGUCCCGAUAAAUGGCACAAGGAUUAUCCCAUUGCCCAGGGAAGCCGUCAGUCACCCAUAGACAUUGUCCCUUCCCAGGCUGUGUACGAGGCCAGCCUCUCUUCUCUGAACAUCUCCUACAACUGCUGCACAUCUAUCAACAUUUCCAACAAUGGACAUUCUGUCGUGGUGGAGUUCGCUGAUGUUGACGACAAGACAGUGAUCCGAGAUGGCCCCCUGGAAGUCCCCUACAGGUUGAAACAGUUCCACUUCCACUGGGGAGGGAAGAACAGCUUUGGGUCAGAGCACACCGUCAGUGGGAAGUCCUAUGUCUCUGAGCUUCAUCUGGUCCACUGGAACGCUACAAAGUACAAGACCAUCCAGGAGGCUGCAGCGGCCCCCGAUGGCUUGGCUGUCCUCGGCAUCUUCAUUGAGAUUGGGGAUGAGCACCCAGGUUUGCACAAACUAACAGAUGCCCUAUACAUGGUCAAGUUUAAGGAAACAAAGGCAGACUUUAAGGGCUUCAACCCCAAGUGUCUCCUCCCCAAUAACCUGAGUUACUGGACGUACCCCGGCUCCCUCACCACGCCCCCCCUGCUCGAGAGUGUCACAUGGAUCGUCCUCAAGGAGCCAAUCAGGGUUUCAGAGAAACAGAUGGAGAAGUUCCGAAUGCUUCUGUUCACGGGUGAAGAGGAGGAUCGGCUCUGCAUGGUAAAUAACUUCCGCCCCCCACAGCCCCUCAAGGGCAGGAAAGUCCGAGCCUCCUUCAAGUAAUAAAGCUCUUGGACAGUGACACAGGGACCCCACUGAGACACUGCUCACAGCCCCAGAACCAACAGCACUCUGCAUUCUCAUCUCAUCCAGCCCCAAGCCUCCCAUUGCAGCCUUGAGCCUCCUGUGUUAAGCUGCAUUUCCAAGAAAAAUGGUUCCCCUGUGCAGCAAAGGAGCCAAUGUGGUCAAGAAGAGGGAUGUUUUGGGGGGAUGGGGGUGGGAAGUGGCUCCUAAUUCUGGUCCUCGGACCAAUACCUAUCUAAAUUCAGCCAGGUUGUUUUGUUUAUUUUUCAUCUGUAUUGUAUUGAUGCACACUUUAUAAACACAACACUGUUAUGUGCAGAUGUUACGCACUGAAACCUGAGCAGUAGUGCUGGGAACCACCACAUUUAUCUAAUCUCCAAAUCUGGGCUAUUUUGUAAUUUAUUACAGGACAUAAUUCUCUUCCAAGAUAGGCAGAAUCUGCUUCUCUCUCAUCAUUGCUUUGAAUUUUAUACCUUACACAAUCCCUCCAUUUCAGAACCUGAUCACAUGCUGUUCUAUUUAGUUAAUAUAUCAACAGGCUGAUUUUUUUAUGAGCUUUUACUGCUAGUGCAUAAGCACUGAAUAACCUGUAGGACCAGUUGGCUUCCUUCAUAUAACAACUUUCUUUGUUUCAUUUGAAUGGACACUGAGCAUGUCAUCAGUGGUUUUGCUUCCUUUCCUUACAAUUAGAUGACUUUGUACAAGUUUGUCAAGCAGACAUUCAACGAUUGCCUUCAGCAAUGAAGGCAUUAUUUGAAAUGUUAGUCUACAUUUUAAUUUCUUAAAAUAGUCAGUCGAUUAUAAUAGACUUAGUAGUUGUAGUCAAUGAUACCUACAUAUUCAGAACAUUUUGUAUCUGGAUUUGACAUACCACCAGCAAUGAAGUGACUUUGCAUGCACCAGUACUCGGGUGGAAUCAUUAGUGGCUAAGAUUACAGGAAAUAAGUUACAGUGAUGGCAGCAUGGGUCAAAUUCUAGAUCUAGGGAGAAUUGCCACAAAUGACAAAGGGAACAUGCUGGAACUAAUCGCCUGAAACCUUGAAUUAUUUUUUGUUUCUAUUGUCGUCUUGUGCUUGCAUUUCACACAGUGGUUUUUAGAAUGGUUGAUGUUUGAAGGUAAAGGAGUUUAAACUGUAUACCAGGCAAAAUAUAUUGUUUUUCAGGAAAUGUUAUGUAUCAGUACGUACUGCCAUUCAUAGUGUAAAGAACUAGCAAUAAUAAUUCAUUCUCUAUGUGCAAUGCAAUGCGACUAUGUGUAAUCUUCUAUAUACGUUAAUGGUUUAUAAGCAGCAUGAUGCAAUUAUAGCUAGAAGUGGGUCAAAGAAUUCCCAGCUGUCACUGAUUGACUUGUCAUUUAUGUAAGUGCAAGAUUGGGUUUUACAUAAAACUGUUUUAUGGAAAGGUGUGAAUGUAUUUAACUAUGAAAUUGAAUUGUUUUAUUCUUGAAAUCCAGUUCUAAUAAAGUUAUUGAGUGAAUGAGAGCUUUGCCUAUGCAUUCCGUUUCAUUUAUGUACAAUCCUUAAAAUUCAUGUGUGGUUUAUCAGCAGUGU